ACACCAUCAAUGUGCUGGUCCAGAUAUUGCCUCGGCAAAAGCCACAUGGAUGGAGCCAUGAAAUUGAAGUGUCUCUACUGGCUUGCAUGUGGCACCUCAUACAGAGUGACAGCAGACAUCUUCGCCAUGCUGAGAGCCACAGUUGGCAGAAUAGUCCACAGUUUAGUGGAAGAGAUGAUGGCAAUUGUUCACCAGAUUAUUGAUUUCCCCAUAGAAGAGAUGGAGGAGAUGGGGGCAGGAUUUGCUCACCUGGCUGGCCAUGAGGCAUUCGGCUGUGCGGCUGGUGCAAUAGAUGGGUGCCACAUCAGAAUACUCCCACAUGCUGAACCACAAAAGAAGUGCUACAUUAACCGCAAGAUCUUCACUUCAGUGGUACUCCAGGGUGUGUACAGCAAAAGUAAAUUGGAAAUGGAUACUUACAUUAGCAACACAGGGUCAGUCCAUGACACCCUUGUCCUCCGGAGAUCUCCAAUGUACAAGGAGUCCCUCUAUCCACCAGCUGGCAUAUUUCUUCUUGGAGACGGGGGAUACCCAUGCCGUACCUGUCACCCUCAUGAUGCCAUACCGCCAGCCUGUAGCGGGCUUGUUGAAGCACACUUCAACAAGCACCAUGCCAAGGCCAGGACCAUCAUUAAGCGCACCUUCGGCAUGCUAAAAACCAGCUGGCGAGCCAUUUUCCUGAGUAUUUUGGAGAUUCGCCCUCUAUUUGCCCCAAAACUUAAAGCAGCAUGCUGCAUCCUCCACAAACUCUGAUGACAGGCGAUAGGAGGAGGAGGAGAAACGUCACGAGGAUGAUAAAGAAGAUCGGGGUAACGUUCCUGAUGAUGAUGAUCAGGAGCGCUCAGGAAAUAAUCUCUGUGCCAGACUUGCGGCACUGGUGUCUGCCCCUGGAGA